AUGUCAGGCAUAAAAUCAGCACCUCAAGAGCCAAAUCUAAGUGGAAUCAUAGAAAGCAACAGUUCAAGCUACAUGCCGACCGCACAUUUAUAUGAUUCUUCAGCACACCAAGAAUCAUUAAAACACCAAAAUGCUUAUAAAUCUCAUGAAAUUCAAAACCCAGCCCACGAAACAGCAAAAAUUAACUUAUUUAUUCAAAAUUCGGACACUUUUUCUGAUGAAAAAUCAAGCUUAAAAGACCCGAUUUCCCAUUGGAGGGACCCAUACAUUAAAAUGGCAACAUGUGUCAGCCUGCCCUCUUGGCGAAAAAGUCUAGACCUUAUGGCCACGGCGGACUGGGACAGAUUCCGAUCCGAGAAUCAAGUGCAAGCUCAAGAGAUGUGUAUCCGGUAGGUUUUGGCUACUUUCCUGUGAUUGGAAAUGGAGGCGCUCAACUACGUCCUUUGGACGAGGACCCAUGGGGAUUCAUCUACCGAGAAACUGAGGGUAUCAGCCAGGCCACAGUAGUCUUUUUCCUGUAGCUGUUGAAAAAAGGCACUUGAUAGACUCCAAGAAUCCUUGGAAUCAAGCUACUCCAAUUGCAAGUAGCAGGGCCGCAGAAAUCCAUAAGCCGCCCACUCAACAUUGAAAAGGCAAAGAGGAGACAGAAGGUACUGGAAGGGCACUCGUAAGAGGAUAGACUCUCUGGGCUGGAGUUGAAAAGCGGUAGAACCUCCCCCGUAUGGGAAGUCUUUGGUGACUUCUUCACCAAUAUGGCUAACGCCUAACUUUUAAUAACCUAACCCAUUGGAGAGACCCAACUAGUCCAAGAUCAAGCGAAAAUACGUCAGAAACAGGCAGGACAACUGUUAAAUAUACAGAUUUGUUUGGAAAAGAUAUAAAAGCAAGCAUUGAAAGCUUUAUUCAGCAGAACAAGCAGCCUGACACACAAAAAGAAAUAGAAAAUCAACCCCCAGUUGAUCCUUCUUAUGACAGUUUUAAUUAUUCUGUCGUAAGUGAAGUACAAGAUAAACCAAUAAAACCUGCAAGACAAGGAGGGAUGGUAUGCAGCUGCUCGAUUUAUUAA